AUGGUCCGGUUACAACGAUGUCUUCGCGGCAAAGCACUGGAGGCAGUCAAGUGCCAGUUAUUACACCCGGCUAAUUUGGAACACGCGCUUGCUACGCUACGAAUGUUGUUUGGUCGUCCGGAAAUCAUAGUUCACAGCCUUAUCGAAAAGAUCAACAAAAUUCCGGCGCCUAGAGCAGACAGACUCGGCACGCUCAUAGACUUCGCCCUCGCAGUGAGAAACAUGGUUGCCACCGUGAAAGCUUGCAACUUGGAGGAGCAUCUAUAUAACAUCACCCUACUCCAAGGCCUAGUGGAGCGAUUGCCAACAAUGGUUAAACUGAAUUGGGCGACACACCGGGUACGGCUUGGAACAGUAUCACUUUUAGAGUUCAGCGAUUGGUUAUAUACCAUGGCAGAAGCAGCAAGUACAGUCACGAUGUCGCCUGCUACGUCUGUUUGUAACGAUGCAAGAUCCCGUCGAAGUGGCCAUAGAGAGGAUGGAUUUCUAAACGUCCACACCGAAAACCAACAAAGUGCUACUGAAAUUUGCCCAGAGUUUCUAAAUAUGAACCAUUCCGAUCGUUGGACUACACUACGCGAACACAAGCUUUGUAGAACUUGCCUUGGAACGCAUCGAGGACCUUGUCGAUGCAAUGACAUCUGCGGCAAAAUGGCUGCACCUACAAGCAUCAUCGUCUAUUACAUAAUGAACGCAACGAAGCAUUCAACGGCGCUGCUAGGAAUCCUGUACAAUCCUAUGCUAAACGAGAAAUCGGUGUUGUUUCAAUAUAUUCCUAUUGCUCUACAUCACAACGGAAACACAGUACAUACCUACGCAUUCGUGGACUGCGGAUCCGACAUAACAUUACUCGAAGAGGAUUUAGCCGCUGAUUUGAACCUGCAUGGUGAAAAACAUCCUUUGUGCAUCCGUUGGACUGCCGAUCACUGUCGUUUUGAAAACUCUACCGAGCGAGUUUCACUCCAAGUAUCCGGAUUAGGUAACAAAACCCAUAAGUACAUACUACCUGAUGUAUUUACGGUAAAGGACCUGAAACUACCAACACAGUCACUCGACGCAAACAAACUGCGUAAACGAUAUAGUUACCUCAGAGGGCUAUCCGUUGAAUCUUACUUCAAUGUUCGUCCCCGACUGCUUAUUGGAAUGAACAACAUCCGGCUCGGUCAUGCUUUGGAUAGCCGUGAGGGUAGAGAAAACGAACCUAUCGCAACUAGAACACGUCUUGGCUGGACUAUCUUUGGAACCUGUUCAGAUGAUCACCCCAAACCAGUAACCGCACCCUACAGCUUCCACAUAUGUUUGCACUCAAACUUCGGAGAAGAUACGCUGCACGACGCGGUCAAAGAUUAUUUCGCCCUUGACAACGUAGGCAUUACGGCACCGACAAAGGAACUGUUAUCGGUAGAAGACGAGCGUGCUAUGGCGAUCCUACGUUCUAAUACACACUUUGAAUGUGGUCGAUACACUACGCGCCUACUAUGGAAAUAUGACGACAUACGAUUACCGAACAACAAAGCUAUGGCACUUAGACGCCACGAUUGCCUCUUGAAAAGAAUGACACGUGAACCAGCCUUAGGUGAAAUACUGAAGAAGAAGAUAGCCGAUUACGCGCAGAAAGGGUAUAUCCGCAAACUUUCGUCUGACGAAAUACGGCAACGUGGCAAUCGUACUUGGUACCUUCCCAUUUUUCCUGUCUUCAACCCGAAUAAACCGGGCAAAGUUCGUAUCGUUUGGGAUGCCGCUGCUGCUGUAGCUGGCACGUCGCUGAACUCCGUACUCCUAAAGGGUCCAGACCACCUGGAACCUCUGCCAUUCGUACUGUAUAAAUUUCGUGAGCGCCGAAUCGCUCUAUGCGGAGACAUCGAAGAAAUGUUCCACCGUGUCAAGAUAAGUGAAGAGGAUCAACAAAGCCAACGAUUUUUGUUCCAGAACAAUAUGGAUGUAAGUGAACCGGAUGAAUACAUUAUGACCGUCAUGACGUUCGGCGCUACUUGCUCGCCUAGUAGUGCAAAUUUCGUCAUCAAUGAAAACGCAAAUCGUUUUCGGAAGAACUUCCUACAGCAGUCGGAGCUAUUCGGAAAAACCACUAUGUGGACGACAUGCUAG